AUGGAAGCUGUAGGGGUAGAAUCAAAAGGCUCACACGGCGACGCCGCCGAUCCCGUGUCCAAGAAGGAUCAUCGGACCUCUUGGGGCUGCGCUUUCAUCCUCGUGAACAACUGCUUUCAAUCCGCGGCCUACUUUGGCCUGUCGACGAACCUGGUGAACUACCUCAAGGUCCAGCUGCACUCCGGCAGCAAGGCCGCGGCCAACAGCGUCACCAACUGGCAGGGCACCAGCGGCAUCGCGCCGCUCGCCGCCGACUCCUUCCUCCGCAGAUACUGGACCAUCACGCUCUUCCUCCUCGUCUCCGUCGCGGGGUACGGCGUCGUGACGGCGAGUGCGUGGGCGGCGCUGGAGAGCGCGGUGUUCUACGCGGGGCUGUACCUGGUGGGGCUGGGCGGCGCGCUGCAGCCCGUCAUGGCGUCGUUCGGCGCGGACCAGUUUGACGUGGAGUCCGACGACGACGAGGAGCGCGGGCGGCAGAGCUCCUUCUUCAACUGGUUCUACCUCUCCCUGACCGUGGGAUCGCUGGUCGGCGGCACCGUGCUGGUGUGGGUGCAGUCCGCCCACGGCUGGCGGCUCGGCUACGGCAUCCCGGCGCUGCUGAGCGUGGUCGCCGUCGCUCUGUUCCUCGCCGGCACCGGCGCGUACGGGCGCCACCAGCCCCCCGGCGGCAGCCCGCUCACCAGGAUCGCGCAGGUGGUGGUCGCCGCCGCCAGGAAGUGCGACGUGGAGACCCCAACCGACGCCGCGCUGCUGCACGAGCGUGACGGCGACGACGGCAUGUCCGCUAUACUGGGGAGCCGCCGCCUUGCGCACACCAACCAGUUCAGGUUCUUGGACAAGGCGGCCGUGGAGACGGCAGGCGACAAGGCACGGCCAGCGAGCCCAUGGCGGCUGUGCACGGUUACGCAGGUGGAGGAGCUCAAGUGCCUGCUCCGUCUGCUACCGGUGUGGGCGUGCGGCAUCAUCUUCGCGGCCGCCUACACUCAGGUGUCCACCACCUUCAUCCUUCAGGGAGACACACUGGACCCGCGCAUCGGCAGCUUUCGCGUCCCGGCUGCAGUGCUAACCGUCUUCGACACACCCAGCGUCAUGCUCUGGGUGCCGCUUUACGACCGUGCCAUCGUUCCGCUCGCGCGCCGCCUCACAAGUCACCACCGCGGGUUCACGCAGCUGACACGCAUGGGUGUCGGGUUCGUCAUCCUCACGGUCGCCAUGCUCACCGCCGGCAUGCUUGAGGUCACACGGCGUCGCGUCCUCGCGCGCAACGGCACAUACAGUGGCAUGGACGGUGCAGCGUACGUGCCAUUGUCGAUCUUCUGGCAGGUGCCGCGGUACGUGGUGUUGGGCGCGGCGGAGGUGGGCAGAUGGAGUUCUUCUACGACCAAGCGCCAGACGCCAUGCGGAGCAUCUGCUCGGGGCUCGCCCGUGCGGCUUUCGCGCUGGGCAACUACGCGAGCUCGGCGCUCGUGUCCGUCGUGGUGA